AGUGACGCCCCGGGAGUUGUGACUCUUGUCCUCCAGCGCAGUGCUGCCCUCCGUAGGCUCCGGGUUGUACCGGGGUGAGGCUUGGGUUGGACUGGCCCGGAGGCUGCGGGAGCUGCGGAGCUGGACCUAGCAGGUAAAGGCACCGGCGGUCGGGUGUCCCUCGGCGCGGGUGGCGACCGCCCCGCCUCCCAUCGGCGCGAUCAGCUCGCACUGUCCUACCACCCGCGGCUUUGUAGCCCUUCGCGAGAGCGCCUGUGAGUGCGCGCGCCCGCGGGCCCGGAGUGGGUGGGUGUGCGCGCGUGUGUGAGGCCGCCUGCAGGAGGCGAGGCUGCCCUGGCCUCCCGCACCAGCCGGUGGAACCCAGCCCGGGAGGGAAGUCGCCGCAGCCGCCCGGGCGGCCCUCCUGCCCUUUGGCCAGACUUACAGUUCGUCCUAGCAUGACGGUGAUCUGACCAGCCAACCCACGAAUUGCUUCUUGUGCCCGGCACUGCAGGGCUGGAGCCUCUUCAUCGCCCCAAACUACAGCACUGUCAUGGCAGCUGCCUCUACUUCCAGCCCUGUAAUUUCACAGCCCCAGUUCACAGCCAUGAACGAACAACAGUGCUUCUACAACGAGUCUAUUGCCUUCUUUUAUAACCGGAGUGGGAAAUAUCUUGCCACAGAAUGGAACACAGUGAGCAAGCUGGUGAUGGGACUGGGCAUCACUGUCUGCGUGUUCAUCAUGCUGGCCAAUCUACUGGUCAUGGUGGCAAUCUACGUCAAUCGCCGCUUCCAUUUUCCUAUUUAUUACUUGAUGGCUAACCUGGCUGCUGCAGACUUCUUCGCUGGAUUGGCCUACUUCUACCUGAUGUUCAACACAGGACCUAAUACCCGUAGACUGACCGUUAGCACGUGGCUUCUCCGGCAGGGCCUCAUCGACACCAGCCUGACAGCUUCUGUGGCCAACCUGCUGGCUAUUGCCAUCGAGAGGCACAUCACAGUGUUCCGCAUGCAGCUCCAUACACGAAUGAGCAACCGGCGUGUGGUGGUGGUGAUUGUGGUCAUCUGGACCAUGGCCAUUGUGAUGGGUGCCAUACCCAGCGUGGGCUGGAACUGCAUCUGUGAUAUCGAUCAUUGUUCCAACAUGGCACCCCUCUACAGUGACUCCUACUUAGUCUUCUGGGCCAUUUUCAAUCUGGUGACCUUUGUGGUCAUGGUGGUUCUCUAUGCUCACAUCUUUGGCUAUGUUCGCCAGAGGACUAUGAGAAUGUCCCGGCAUAGUUCUGGACCCAGGAGGAAUCGGGACACCAUGAUGAGCCUUCUGAAGACUGUGGUCAUUGUGCUCGGUGCCUUUAUUGUCUGCUGGACUCCGGGACUGGUCUUGUUAUUGCUGGAUGUGUGCUGCCCGCAGUGCGAUGUCCUGGCCUAUGAAAAGUUCUUCCUUCUCCUGGCUGAGUUCAACUCUGCUAUGAACCCCAUCAUCUACUCCUACCGCGACAAAGAGAUGAGCGCCACCUUCAGGCAGAUCCUGUGUUGCCAGCGCAACGAGAACCCCAAUGGCCCUACGGAAGGCUCUGACCGCUCGGCCUCCUCCCUCAACCACACCAUUCUGGCUGGAGUUCACAGCAAUGACCACUCUGUGGUUUAGAAAGAAGCCAGCCGGCCUCUGUGGAUCUGUGAACACCACCCUACCCCCCCAAUUGCCAGGGCAAGGUGGGGAGUCAGAGAAGAUGAAGACACUCCUGUACUUAACACUAACCAAUGACAGUAUUUGUCCCUAGACCCAAGAGACUUGAGGAUGAACUUAUUUGGCAGCCCCCAUCUUCUUCUUUGGAAAAUAGAAGGAGACCUUCUUGAAGUGGAAUUCAGAAACGGACUCUGGGGUGACCAUGUAGCCUUCACUAACUAGACUUAAAAGAUUUUAUGUGGUUUGGCCUAAGCCAGGAAAAAAAAAAAUCUGCCGAAUCGAGUACACAGUCACACACACGGGCUUCCCCUUUAAAGAACAAAUAAUACAUUGCAUUUAUUAAUAAGUAUGUUUAUGCCUGACAGUGUGUUUGUGAUCAAAAAGACUGCUAAACUGACAUAGAUAAAUUUUUUUUCCACCAUGGAGGAAAACUAUAAAUUAGAAUGAUUUUUGUGUGUGUUUAGAAAACAAGCAUGUGACAUGUGUAUUCAGUAUGCCUUUCUUUAAAGAUAAAAGGAUACUAUUUUAAAUCUUCUAGGGAAUAGAAGAGUCUAGUAAAAAUCAGUAUUCAUUUAGGCUAUAAAAGAAACAAUAUCCUAAUCAAUUAUCUUUUAAUUAAAGUAAUGAGACACACGUGAAAGCAAAGGGAUGUGAUGUGAGCUUGUAACCCAAAGAGUGUGUUCUCUGCAUACAUUGGAGAAGAUGAAGCGUUGUCCCUGCACAGUGAAGAUACCCAAGUGCGUUCUCAGUGUUAGAAUGUCAGUGGGACUUGUUUUAAAGCCUGUGGUUUUCCAAGUUAUAAAAUAAUACCUGCUUACUAUAGAAAACUUGAAAAUUGCAGAACUGUGUGAAAAAGAAAAAAAAAAAAAAAGAAAACGAAAGAUUACUGAUAUUACAACCUGGAAGUAACCAUCUUUACAGCUCACCCAUGUAUGCCUAUAGACAUAUAUUAUAUAUCUUUUUUACAUAAUUGGGUUGAUAUUGUAAAAUGUUUUGUAACUUUUCCUUUCAGAAUCGCCAGGUUUUUCUAUGGCAUUUUUUUUUUCAAAAAACAGUGUUAGUGGCUAUAUAAUAUUCCAUUUAAUGGAUGCAGCUCAGUUUAUUUAACCAUUCCUGUAUUGUUGACUAGGUUUUUAAUUUUUUUCAUUAUUAUAAUAUUGGAAGAAUCUUGUGUACAUAAAACUUUGCCAGUAUCAUUGAUGAUUUACUUAGGACCUAUUCCCAUGAAGGACCUACUUUUUAAAAUGUGAAAUGUCCUCAUGUGUUUUCACUUUAUAAAAAGGGAUAUUCUACUUUCAAACUGCAGGGGUGGCUGUGCCGACAAAAGCCCAGAAGUUACCUUUUUGCAAAAGAAACACAGUAGCUACUUUGGUUGAGAAUGAGUUCUUGACAAGAUGUGUCCCAAUAGCCAAGACGGCCUAAUGUAACUAGCAAAUUUACUUUAGUGUUUUUGAGGAACUGGUGAUCCCUUUCUUGACUGUUGGGUAGAAGUAAAGAAAACACAAAGACAGCAAGCAUCAAAGUGAAUCCAGCAUUGCAAGUAGCCUGGGUGUGGUAUGUUAGCAACUGGUUGCUGUGUGAUCUCUGGCAAUCACCCAAUAGAUGCCCUGUGUUCAGAGAUGCCCAGUGCAGCAUCAGGGAGACUAAUGUCUCUAUUAUCAUGCUAUGAGGAACAAGGAGGAAGAAGAAUAGUCCUGGAGCAGGUGUGGGGAGGUCAGGGGGAUGUCUGAGGGAAGGAAGUACUUCGGAGAGUGGCAUUCUAGGGAGGAGGAAGGCAGGGUGUGGUUUGUGUCUGGACAGAGGGUAGGCAUGUGACAUGUGCCUGCUGGAAAACAUAAGUAGGUGGAGAGCCAGUUAGCAGGAAGAUUUUGCUCCGAGUUUACACAAAAUGCAAAGAAAUUUAUAUUGGAAAUGAGUGAAACGAACUUGGACUUUAUUGAUGCCCUUUUUUAUGGGGGAGGUAAGGACUAUGUGAAUUGAAAAGCAUACUAAUUGAACCUUAAUAAAUCAUUCUCAAUCAGU